AUGUGGAAUUUGGUCGUUGUUCUCGGCCUGCUUGCAGCGGUGGCUGCGGCCGUGGCUACUACCUCCGACGACUGCAGUCAUGACGGACACAUCUUCGAGCUGGAGCCCGACGCGGAUGUCUCCCACGUCACGCGCGAAAUCGAGAUCCAAGGAGGCCGCAUCUGCAAGCGCUUCGACUACGGCAUCUACAGGGGCGUCGCCGUGCGGCUCGACAAGGCCGACUUUGAAAAGGUGCGGGCGACGCGGGGCAUCGCCAAGUGGUGGCCGAUUCGGGACCAUGUACCGGCUUUUACGGGCAAUGCUGCGCAGUUUGCCCAGCACGCUCGCGAGAGGACCCGGCGGUUGGUCGCUGUGGAUGUGGAUGAUGACGGCGGUGGUUCUGGCGCGCGAGCUAACGUGACGCUGUCGUCGCAUGUGGUGACGCAGGUUGAUAGGCUUCAUGCCCAGGGCCUGACGGGAAAGGGGGUCAAGGUUGCUAUAAUCUGUGGCGGGGUCGACUACGAGCACGAGGCACUUGGUGGUUGCUUCGGACCGGGCUGCUUGGUGUCAUCCGGCGCCAACGUGACAGGCAGCCAUGCAAAGCCGACAGACGCCAGCAUUCAGGGCACGUUUCUGGCGAGCGUCCUCGCUGCACAACCCAACAGGCUUGGCUUCACCGGGGUAGCUCCGGGCAUCACUCUGGCAGUAUACGGCUUGCAUCCCGCGCCGGGAAGCGUCAACAUGCCCGACGAUGUGCUUGUCCACGCUCUGGACCGCGCCCGCGCCGACGGCGCCGACGUCAUCCUAGUGACGCAGAUCGGGACGAGCGUAUCGGCUCAAGACGAUCUCGCCAAGGCCGUGGACCGCGUCGUCGCCAGCGGUGCCGUCGUGGUCGCAGGGGCAUCCAACGACGGCAUCGAGGGGCCGUUUUCACAGGCGGCCCCGGCCAUGGUCCGUAGCGCCAUCUCAGUCGGCAACGCUCAAGCCGGGGUAACGUACGGGAUCGACGACGUGCAUCAAGGCCGGUACCGGGCCAGUGGCAGUGCUGAGAUGCCUGAUCACGAAGCGACGUUCGACUUCUAUGCCGCCGCGUCCUUUGAGACGGGUACCCAGCCGUUGCCGCAGGAGAGCCUGGAGCUCUACGCCUUGAGCUUCGACGCCGACGCCACAAACGGCUGGUGUGGACAGCUCCCAGACGAUUUUCCUGACCUCCGGGACAAGAUUGUCCUCAUGGGCUCGGGUGUCUGCUCGCACCGGGAUAACGUCCGUCAGGCGGCACAAAGGGGCGUGAGGGCAGCUCUCCUUUACCAAAGCAGCGGAGGGGGCUCUCCGCGGGUCCCCUAUUUCCAUGGAUCAGCCCGCCUUGCGUUUGGCGUGAUAGACGCUCGCGUUGUUCGGGACAUGCUUCAUGCCCUUGGGUCCGGUUCCCGCGUCACCGUCCAGCUGCCGCCUGCCGAUGGGCCGACGCACCCGCUCCUGGUUCCUUCGCCGCCUAGGACGUCGGUCCCUGCCGUAGAGGCGUCUUCUGCAUGGGGUCCCAGCUGGGACCUGAGCAUAAAGCCCGAGCUGCUGGGAGUCGGGGAAGGCGUCCCGGGCGCGUGGCUGCGCGGCUAUGGCGUGCCGGAUUUCGGGACGGCCACCGCGGCACCCCUGAUUGCUGGCAUCGUUGCUCUCAUCCUCGAGGCUCGUGGGCCGCUCGACCCGGCCACCAUCAAAAGCCUGCUCGUCAUGACGGCGGAGCCCGUCAUGUACAACAACGGAACAGGCCCGCAAGAGCACCUCGCCCCGGUUGCCCAGCAAGGCGGCGGUCUUGUCCGCGCCUUUGAUGCCGCCCACUGCACGACAGUCAUCCAGCCAUGCAGCCUCAGCUUCAACGACACCGAGAAUGCACCGCGCACGCUCAGCCUGGUCGUUGAGAAUAGGGGCGAGGACCAGGUCUCGUACGAAAUCUCCCACCUGCCCGCCCUCUCCGUGUAUGCCUUCACCCCCAAUGAUACGGUUGCGCAAUUUCCUGCGCAGCUCGAGACGGCGGCCAAGUUUGCCGAGCUGGCGUUUAGCCACGACAGCGUCAGUCUCGGACCCGGGCAGUCGGUGACGGUCAGCGUGACGCCCAGCCCUCCCAAGGGGCUCGACGCGCGCCGGCUGCCGCUGUGGUCGGGCUACGUCGCGUUCAACGGCUCGGACGGAUCUCUCCUUAGGGUGCCCUACCAGGGCCUCAGCGGUUCCAUCCGCGAGCACCGCGUGCUGCACGUAGACGCGGCAUCGGUCACGUACGCGGGAGAAUCGGUGCGCGCCGGGGCCACAGUCGUGCUGCCGCCGCGAGGCUCUGGGCAAGUGACCAACCUGACGCUGAGCGUGCGCUCGAGGAGCGGCCUGGCCGAGAUAGACACCCGUCUGAUUUCCGUGACGUCCCCGGGCGACGGCCAGGGCUGGGGCCGUCAGCUUCACGGGUUCCCGAUGGCCUGGGAACCCCAGUUGAAUAUGGAACAGUCCCUCCCGAGCACCCCAAUGGCAAUUCCGUGGAACGGACGCUUGAAGGGGGGAGAGUACGCCGCGCCGGGCGAGUACAAGCUUGCGGCCCGAGCGCUGCGGGUCUUUGGUGAUGCGACGAACGAUGCGGACUGGGACACGAGUGAGUCGGAGGCGUUCCGCAUCGCGUAUGCUAGGGCAUGA